AUGGAGGGUUUUGGAAAGCGAAGAGAAGGAACUCUCUCGCUUAUAGACGCAAUCGUUUGCGAAAAAACUGUGAACAUGAUUGAUCAGGAUGAAUAUCGUUGUUUCAUUGGGAACCUUUCAUGGUCAACAUCUGACAGGGAUUUGAAAGAAGCCUUUAAAAAAUUUGACCAUCUUCUAGAUGCCAAGGUGGUUAUGGACAGAUCAUCAGGGAGAUCACGUGGGUUUGGAUUUGUUACUUUUGAUGAUGAAAAAUCAAUGGAAGAUGCAAUUGAAGCAAUGAAUGGAAUAGAUUUAGAUGGGCGUCCGAUUUCAGUAGACAAAGCUCAACCAAAUCAAGGCGGCGGUGGUGGUGGUGGUAGAGACCGUGAUGGCGGUCGUGACCGUGACCGCGACAGGGGCAGGGACCGCGGGCGAGAUCGUGAUUAUGGCGGCGGCGGCGGUGGUGGUGGGCGGGGAUCUGGCGGUAUGGUGGAAGAGAUGACAGAUAUGGUGGUGGUGGUGGUGGUGGCGGCAGCCGCCAUGGUCCUGACCGUGGCGGAGAUCGUGAUCGUUCGAGUGGACGGAAUAGGGAUUCCGGCAGUCGUGGUGGCUCGGGAAGCGAUAGACGUGAUCGCGAUCGCGAUCGUUCUGGUCCCUAUGAACGCCCUUGAUUAUGCAUCUAAGGUGUGGCAGGUAAAGAAGCUGGAUGUAGCAAAACAUGAGUGAUUUACGUGAGAUUGCAUUCAGUCCCAUUUUGGAUAAUGUGAAACCGGAAAUCUAUAAUAUAAUCUAUUUUAAUUUCCAGAUUCUAGUAUUUGUUUAUCUUUCGAACAACAAAUUCCUUGAAAUGUUGAAUGGAUCUGUUUUCAGUGUUUUUUAGAUCUAUUUGGUGCUUGA